CACAAAAAUACAGCUGGUUUCGGCAGAACGCGACCGCUAUAAGUUCUUGCAGUCAUUUUCGGAAAAAUUUCGACUUAUUCUGACUUGUAUCCUAAUUCUUCGAACCAUUAUUUAACACCAAAUCACUAUGGUUGAGAGUAGGACCGAGUUCAAGCUAAAAAAUCCACCAGAAGAUGGAAUCUCAUCCGUGCAAUUUGGACCAAACGCAGCUAAAUUCUUGCUGGUGUCCUCGUGGGAUUGCACCGUCAGGCUUUACGAUGUUGAGUCGACCACCAUGAGGCUAAAAUACGUUCACGCAAUGCCUGUCCUGGACGUCUGCUUUCAGGACGCAGUUCAUUCUUUUAGUGGAGGCCUUGACCAGACCUUGAAAAUGUUUGAUCUCAACAGCAGUGGUGAAUCUGUGCUGGGCACUCACGACGGAGCCAUCAGAACGGUUGACUAUUGCUCAGAAAUAAACGCAGUGGUCACAGGCAGCUGGGAUCACACGAUCAAAACGUGGGACCCUCGAGCGCCCAGAUGCACAGGAACGUACCAGCAACAAGAAAGGGUGUACACUGCUAGUCUUUGUGGAGAACUCUUGGUCGUGGGAACCGCCGGCAGAAAGGUUCUUGUGUGGGAUCUCAGGAAUAUGGGAGUGCCAACCCAGAGACGCGAAUCCAGCCUUAAAUAUCAGACGAGGUGCAUCAGAUGCUUCCCUAAUAAGCAGGGCUAUGCGUUAAGCAGUAUUGAAGGCAGAGUGGCCGUAGAGUACCUGGACGCCGACCCAGAAGUACAAAAGAAGAAGUAUGCAUUCAAAUGCCAUCGAAUCAAAGAGAGUGGCAUUGAGAAAAUUUAUCCAGUUAACGCCAUCAGCUUCCACAACCAGUACAACACCUUUGCGACUGGAGGCUCUGACGGCUACGUGAACGUGUGGGACGGAUUCAACAAGAAGCGCCUCUGCCAGUUCCAUCCUUACCCAACGUCCGUCGCUUCCUUGUGUUUCAGCAGCGACGGCUCUGCACUCGCAAUCGCGUGCUCCUACCUGUACGAACAAGAAGAGAAGGUGGAAUCAACCUCAGAUAACAACGUCUUCAUCCGGUAUGUCACCGACCAAGAAACCAAACCCAAGUAAACUCUUGUGCAUUCGGAAGCGGGCAGCAAACAUUUCAGGAGUCUCCAUCCAGUUUAGUUUGUCUAGUUUUCCGUGCCUUGCAGCUUGCAACAGAAAAACACUCGAUCGCAGACGCGUCUCUUUGUUUCAAAACUUCUUGUCUGUCCUGAAUGUCUCAAUGUGCAGUGUUUUAAAUUAACUGUAAAAUAUGGAUCAUCGACUGACUUGAUGCAUUUUACCAUCAUUCAGAAUUGAACUCUUUGUGCAACCAAACCUUUUGAAGGAGAUUGAACGAAUGACAAGAGCUCUCACAUUAACAGCUUAUUUCAUUAGUUUGUCGUAAUAAACAUGCAUAAGAAUAAAAAUCAAGUUGGUUUUCUUUCAAGUAAAAGACGAUGACUCAGUGUUCAAAAUACAUUUUUAUUGAACGAAAUUAUCUAUGAUCGAUAGACAUGUACAAGAUAUAGAAUACAUUAUGUUAAUAUAAUAUUAGGACAAUUAAUAAAAUGAUUGCUUCCAUCUUCCCUUUCAUCUAACCUUUUUAGAAUGAUCAGGCACCUAUAGGCUUGUUGAAAACUCGUGUCAAUUUAUUUAUUUUUUUUUUCUUUUAAUCAAGGAAGCUGAAAGGAAACGUACACUGACUGAGAAAGAGAAGUGGCUCUUUUUAUUGUUACCCAAGUUAGUGCUGUGUGUGCUUUCAAAAUGGUACUCUCGAAUCAGAACUUUUUACUCAUCUACGCGACAUUCACAAAGAUGGCCUGCUACAUUUCUGCUUCCAAACACUGACACCAAAACAUGUACAAAAGAAACAAACUGAUGCCGCGAAUUUUAAUAUAUUUUACAUGCGUGUAAUUUACGUGUAGAUUCUCUUUUUAUAUUUUUAUAAUCAUAUCAACAAGGUGCAAAAUCAAGCCUCCGCAACAACUAUGGUACUUCUUGCUCAUAGUAUUCAAUACAUACGGCAGCACUCUGCUACACAGUGCCGAACAAUCGAAUCCGACGCCUGCUUAGAUUAUACAAUUUUAUGUAACUCUUCUUUAAAUCGUUUAAAAGCAUCUGCGUUUAAUACUCAACAACGACAUUUACUCUGGGCGCGCUUUAAAGGUUAGCUAUUUAUAGAUUCCUCUGUUACAAUUUUUCCGACAUUCUGUGGUAGCGUAAUUUCUCGUGUAGGUACAAUGUCUUUAAAAUUAGAAUAACACAAAUAACCUCCUUCUAUUAUGCCCCUCUCAUAAUCAUCAUCAAUUUUUACCCACUUCUAUGAU